UGUCAUUCACCACAAUUCAAUUGUCUCAAUUUGUCUCCGAUCUCCGCCAUUUUAUUUGUUUUCCGGCUUGGCAUUUUCCAAGUCAGGAUAAUUUUCCACCUUUUUUCCAUUGACCUCCUCAGAAAAUAAAACGUUAAAAUAACUCUUCGUGUCUGGUAAAACCAAAAAAACACUUAGAAAUAAAUAAAGGGUCUGGAAAUAGAACUGACUGCUUGGUGCUUUGUCGGAAUUUUCUACAAGAAAAUUUCACUCUCCAAAGCCUCAAACUAUUCCUAUUAGAAAUCAACAAAACGCAAGACAGAAUGUCAGAUUCAGAAUCCAAUGACGACGGGUACGUCGUAAAAUUGCGGGGCCUGCCUUGGUCAGCUACCGUCGACGAUAUUUUAAAGUUUUUAGGAGAUAUUGGAGUCGAUAAGGUCCAUCUUACUCUCAGCAAAGAGGGCCGGCCCAGUGGUGAAGCUUUUGUCGAACUUGAAACUGAAGAAGAUUUAAUGAGGGCUGAAGAAAAAGAUAAAAAGCAUAUGGGGUCUCGUUACAUUGAAGUGUUUAAAGUUAAUCGUGCUGAAAUGGAUUGGGUGGUUAAAAGAUCCGGCGCUUCUUAUGAUGGGAAUGAUGAUGGUUGCGUACGUCUUAGAGGAUUGCCCUUUGGGUGCUCUAAAGAGGAAAUUGCCCAAUUCUUUACAGGGUUGGAGAUAAUGCCCAAUGGCAUAACGCUGCUGACCGACUACUCGGGGCGCAGCUCAGGGGAGGCCUACGUACAGUUUGCGAACAGGGACGUGGCGGAACGGGCUCUGCUGAAACACAGGGAAAAAAUUGGACACAGGUACAUAGAGAUAUUCCGCAGCAGUUCUUCUGAAGUGAACAGCGCUGUUGGUUUUGGCCCACGAGACGGUCCUCCAUCGAGAGGUCCUCCUUUCGGGUCUCGUCCGGGACCUUAUGAUCGCGGAGAUCGUUUCGGAAAUAAUAAUGGAGGCGGUCGAUUUCUGCAGCGAGGAAGCAGAAGCUUCAAAGGCGCUAAUAUGAGUAAUAAUAUCUCACCGUGGGGAAAUCAAAAUGGAGGUCCGCCUAGAUCUGGUAUGGGAGGAUCUAGAGGUCCUUUUGAAUAUGAUUCAUGGGACAAUCGUACACCGUCUGUACAAAAUCACUGCAUUCACAUGAGAGGAUUGCCUUUCAAGGCUUCACAAGUCGAUAUAGCAGAGUUCUUCAGGCCAAUCAUUCCGAUAACAAUUCACAUACUAUCGGAACCGUCAGGACGUCCAUCCGGUGAAGCGGACGUGACAUUCGCUUCUCAUGAAGACGCAAUCAGAGGUAUGUCCAAAGACAAAAGUAACAUGCAACACCGUUACAUCGAGUUAUUUUUGAAUUCAACUCCUCCGCCGAGCGGACCAAAUUCUGGCGGAUUCGGCGGUGGCAAUAGAUUUAGACGCUAAUUGACUUAAAACGACAGUCAGAAAUUGUUGCACAUUAUUGAAUAAUGCAAUUCAUGCAUUUACUUACAUAAUACUCUACUGUUGUUGUUUUUCUUAUAAUAACAAAAAACCAACAGUAUUCUGACUGUUUCGCUAUGAAUUUAUAUUAAUAAUUGUAUUUGUAUAUUUUAAUGUCUAGAUUUAAUUAUUGUCGUAAUGAUGGACUCGGUCCAAACAUGUAAUAGAAGUGUUUUACUUUUAUUCUUAUAACAUAACAUACCUAAAUGGCCUCUUGAAUAAUAAAGGGUUUUGGUGCAUUGUAAUGUUGGAAAAUUUAUGUAAUUCUAUCUGCAGAUUUUACAUAAGUGGUGAUUUUGUUGGUCAGUCAAUAAAGUACAUAUUUUUUCAUUAA